UUUGGGGUGCAGUCUGACAGCUCGUGACUCCCCUCCACGCAACAACCCUGUGAUGCCCUGAGGGGUCAUGUCCCCCCCGUCGGAGAACCGCUGCAAACGUCUGAUGGAACACGGUGAGAUCAUGCAUGAUGUCAUCAGGAAGGUGAAGAAGAAGGGCGAGUGGAAGGUGCUGGUGGUGGAUCAGCUCAGCAUGCGCAUGCUCUCUUCCUGCUGCAAAAUGACCGACAUCAUGACGGAGGGGAUAACAAUUGUGGAAGACAUCAACAAGCGCCGAGAGCCACUGCCCAGCUUGGAGGCUGUGUACCUCAUCACUCCGUCUGAUAAGUCUGUCCAUUCACUCAUCAGCGACUUCAAGGAUGCCCCUACUGCCAAGUACAGGGCAGCCCAUGUCUUCUUCACCGACUCCUGCCCCGAUGCUCUGUUCAACGAACUGGUCAAAUCUCGCACGGCCAAAGUCGUCAAGACCCUGACGGAAAUCAACAUUGCCUUCCUUCCCUACGAGUCCCAGGUUUACUCCUUGGACUCUGCCGACUCUUUCCAAAGCUUCUACAGCCCCCACAAGACCCAGAUGAAGAACCCGAUCCUGGAACGCCUGGCAGAACAGAUAGCCACCCUGUGCGCCACCCUGAAGGAAUACCCAGCCGUGCGAUACAGAGGAGAUUACAAAGACAACGCCAUGCUGGCCCAGCUCAUCCAGGACAAACUGGACGCCUACAAGGCGGACGACCCAACCAUGGGCGAGGGUCCUGACAAAGCUCGCUCCCAGCUCCUCAUUCUGGACCGUGGCUUUGACCCCGCCUCCCCGGUGCUGCAUGAACUCACGUUCCAGGCCAUGAGUUACGACCUGCUGCCCAUCGAGAACGACGUGUACAAGUACGAGACGAGUGGCAUUGGAGAGGCCCGGGUGAAGGAGGUUCUCCUGGACGAGGACGACGACCUCUGGAUCACCCUACGCCACAAGCACAUCGCGGAGGUGUCCCAGGAGGUCACCCGCUCUCUGAAGGAGUUUUCUUCCAGCAAGAGGAUGAACACAGGAGAGAAGACCACUAUGCGGGACCUGUCCCAGAUGCUGAAGAAGAUGCCACAGUACCAGAAAGAACUCAGCAAGUACUCCACCCACCUGCACCUGGCGGAGGACUGCAUGAAGCACUACCAAGGCACCGUGGACAAGCUCUGCCGAGUCGAACAGGACCUGGCGAUGGGCACUGAUGCCGAAGGGGAGAAGAUCAAGGACCCCAUGAGAGCCAUUGUCCCCAUUCUGCUGGACGGGAACGUCAGCACCUAUGACAAGAUCCGCAUCAUCCUGCUCUACAUCUUCCUGAAGAAUGGGAUCACCGAGGAAAACCUGAACAAGCUGAUCCAGCAUGCUCAGAUCCCUCCGGAGGAGAGCGAGAUCAUCACCAACAUGGCUCACCUCGGGGUGCCCAUCCCCUAACCCGGGUCCACCUUGCGUCGCAGGAGCAAGCCGGAGCGGAAGGAGCGUAUCAGCGAGCAGACCUACCAGCUCUCACGAUGGACCCCCGUUGUGAAGGACAUCAUGGAGGACACUAUUGAGGACAAACUGGACACCAAGCACUACCCCUAUAUCUCUACCCGCUCCUCGGCCUCCUUCAGCACCACUGCGGUCAGUGCCCGCUACGGACACUGGCACAAGAACAAGGCCCCCGGUGAGUACAGGGCCGGCCCUCGCCUCAUCAUCUUCAUCCUGGGGGGCGUGAGCCUGAGCGAGAUGCGCUGCGCCUACGAGGUGACGCAAGCCAGCGGGAAGUGGGAGGUGCUAAUAGGGUCCACUCACAUCCUCACCCCGCAGAAACUCCUGGACACGCUGAAGAAACUGAAUAAAACAGAGGAAGAAACCAGCAGUUAAAACCAAGCGAGCGAAACGACAACUCCGCCUUCCUGGCUCACGGUGGCCCACGCUGGGGCUGCCCCGCUAAACGUUACUUUGCUGAACCAUGGCACCAUCUCCCGCCCCCCGCCCUCUCGCUUGCUCCCUGGGCUUGUGGUUGAAAAUCUGCCCUUCCCUUUGCCCCUCCUUUUACGCAAAUGAGGGUGAGUGGGCGGUGGGGCAACCGGACACAAAAUGCAUUGCAUUUAAAGAAUAAACUAA